CGCUAUCAGUCACAUGUUCCUUGUCUCGCUGACAUUCUUAGACACGGGACGCCCGUGAUGGUAGUUGUUUUUGUUUCGCAGCCCCUCUCUACUUUCAGAACCCAAAUCUACACACGCACCCCCUUUUCACACCUGCUGCUCCCCUAUUCUCUCCAAACCUACCAACUGCUCCUAACAAUCCUCCUUUCUCCUGCCGUGUCCUUAUCCGACCCAAAAUGAGGUUCUUCAUCCGGGAAGAUGCGGCGGCGGCCAGCGCCCACGUCGCCAACUACAUCGUCGACCGCAUCAACCACUUCGGUCCGACCCCGGCACAUCCCUUCGUCCUCGGCCUCCCAACGGGGUCCACUCCUCUAGGUGUCUACAAAGUGCUGGUUGAGAAGUACAAGGCUGGCGAGGUCUCGUUCGAAAAUGUGGUGACCUUCAACAUGGACGAGUAUAUCGGCAUUCCCCGGGACCAUCCCGAGAGCUACCACACCUUCAUGUGGAAGCACUUCUUCUCGCACGUCAACAUCCAUCCCUGCAAUGUCCACAUCCUCGACGGCAACGCGCCCAAUCUCGAGGCCGAGUGUGUCGAGUACGAGGCCAAGAUCCAGGCUGCCGGCGGCAUCGACCUAUUCCUGGCCGGCAUGGGUGAGGACGGCCACAUUGCCUUCAACGAGCCCGGCUCCAGCCUGGCUUCGCGCACGCGUGUCAAGACACUCGCGUACGGCACCAUCCUUGCCAACAGCCGCUUCUUCGACAAUGACAUGGACAAGGUGCCCAAGAUGGCCUUGACCGUGGGCGUCCAAACAGUGCUGGAGGCCCGUGAAGUAGUCGUCAUGGCGCUCGGCGCCCGCAAAGCCCUCGCUCUGCAGCGCUGCGUCGAGCAGGGCGUCAACCACAUGUGGACUCUGUCCGCCCUGCAACUGCACCCUCACUCCAUGAUUGUCUGCGACGAGGAUGCCACGCUUGAGUUGCAGGUCAAGACGGUCAAGUACUUCAAGGAUAUCGAACAAGUGGCCCGCGCCCAAGGUUUCGAGCAGAUCCUCCCCUCCAAGAUCAGGACCGGGCCAGCCACGGUGCCCACAACCAUCGUCACGGACGAGUUCCCGGCACCGACAAUCCACUCUCCGCAGCCGACCACUUCGCGCUUGUUGCGAGCCACCCCGGCCACCGAGUACCCCGUACGCUCCCGUUCUCCCUCGCCAGAGCCGAACUUCACCCCGCGCGGCCACCUCCGCGUGGACUCCGACGCCCAGUACACCGUGAGCUCCCGCUCUGCCUCUCCCGAUCUCGUGCCGGACCGCAUGGCGGAGCGCAUGGAAGACCCGGCCCUGCUGCGGCGGUUGACCCCUAAUCCGGAGCAGCAGCAAUUACUUAACUCUGUCCCAAGGACAACUAUCACAGCUUGACCUCACUAAGCAAAACACCAAUCCUGGUAACUGUUGGUUUCUUGGAUAUUCUUAUUUGUAUCAACGGAUUCAUAGAAUUACACGGUAAAUGAUACCAAAGGGCCAGAUUGUAUUGUACCCUGCCGCAUCUCACUUUCCCCGUUUCGUGACGAACUCAUUGGCAUUCUGGAGUCUGUCGUUUGUCUCGAGGCAUCAAUC